CAGCAAAACAUUCAUUAUUUUGGAGUUUGAAGUAUGUCAUCAUGGCAAAAUUUCGAAGAAAGACUUGCAUCAUUUUGUCACUUUUUAUUCUGUUUAUUUUCUCUCUGAUGAUGGGCUUAAAGAUGCUGAGGCCAAAUACAUCAGCCUUUGGAACUCCUUUUGGACUUGACCUUCUUCCAGAACUUCAUCCACCCAACGCCCCCUUGGAAAACAAAGUUGACUUCCAAAAGAGUGAUAGAAUCAACAUGGAAACAAAUACAAAGGAUUUAAAAGCUGCUGUUGAGACUGUGCAGCCACCUAAAGCCUCUGAAGUGAACCUAGAAGAACUGCCUCCUCUGAAUUAUUUCUUACAUGUAUUUUAUUACAGUUGGUAUGGAAACCCACAAUUUGAUGGUAAAUAUAUACACUGGAAUCAUCCAGUCCUGGAGCACUGGGAUCCUAGAAUAGCCAAGAACUAUCCACAAGGGAUACAUACUCCUCCAGAUGACAUUGGCUCCAGUUUCUACCCUGAGUUAGGAAGUUACAGCUCUCGGGACCCUUCUGUCAUAGAAACUCACAUGAGACAAAUGUGCUCAGCCUCAAUUGGAGUACUGGCCCUUUCUUGCUACCCGCCUGACUCAAAUGAUGAGAAUGGAGAAGCUACUGAUCACUUGGUACCAACUAUUUUGGAUAAAGCUCAUAAAUAUAAUCUGAAGGUCACUUUUCACGUAGAGCCAUAUAGCAAUCGAAAUGAUCAAAACAUGUAUACAAAUGUCAAGUAUAUUAUAGACAAAUAUGGAAGCCAUCCAGCCUUUUAUAGGUACAAGACAAGGACUGGGCAUUCUCUGCCUAUGUUUUAUAUCUAUGAUUCCUAUAUCACAAAGCCUAAUGUGUGGGCCAAUCUGUUAACACCUUCAGGAUCUCAGAGUGUUCGCAAUUCUCCAUAUGAUGGAUUGUUUAUUGCACUUCUAGUAGAAGAAAAGCAUAAAAAUGAUAUUCUUCAAAGUGGUUUUGAUGGAAUUUACACAUAUUUUGCCACAAAUGGCUUUACAUAUGGCUCAUCACAUCAGAAUUGGGGUAACCUGAAAUCAUUUUGUGAUAAGAACAACUUGAUAUUUAUCCCAAGUGUAGGCCCAGGAUACAUAGAUACAAGCAUUCGUCCAUGGAACACUCAGAACACUAGGAACCGCAUCAAUGGGAAGUAUUAUGAAGUUGGUCUAAGUGCUGCACUCCAGACACACCCCAAUUUAAUUUCUAUCACCUCUUUCAACGAGUGGCAUGAAGGAACUCAAAUUGAAAAGGCUGUCCCCAAAAGAACCACUACCACAGUAUAUCUGGAUUACCGGCCUCAUAAGCCAAGUUAUUAUCUAGAACUAACUCGAAAAUGGUCUGAAAAAUACAGUAAGGAAAGAAAGACGUAUGCAUUAGAUCAACAGCUGCCUACUUCAUAAUGUCUCACUUAUAGUUUAUCAAAUCACCCAACUUCAGUAAACGUCCUGUGUUUUGAGUUAUGGAAAUAAAAACUGUCAAAUUCAAUGUGCACUUGCUACUGUUACCUUUAUCAACUAUUUCAUUUUUCCUUUUUAAAAGAUGAUAUUACUUGUCCUGCAGUGGACAAUACUGUACAAAGAAAACAUCUGAGGAGAGAGAUUGUGUCUGUAACAUUCCUCAUGGCAUAAUUUUCUGAACUUCUGGCUGCAAUUAAAGUACUAAUGGGAUGGGCCUUUAGGUUUUUGUUUCACAGUAGAGAAAAUGCUUGCAUUAGAUAAAGCAGCUAGGAUACAGGUAAGUCCUACUUGUAUUUGGGUUCAAAGACAGAAGUGUGUGCAUGCUAGGUACAUCUGACAACAGAAAUACAGAAUAAAGGACAGUAGAUGGUUGUGCUUCAUUUCUGAACUCUUCAGUGACUGAAAUUUAUUAGUAUUUACAUUAUAGCUGGCUUUCCCUAGUGAUCAAAUUCACUUCUCAAGUUUCUUUUGAGUACAAACUUGUUUAAAUAACAGGCUAUUUUAUUGUUAUAUUUCUCUGUUCUACCUGGCUUUGGCAUCAUCACUUGAAGAAUCAGGUGCCUGUGGUUCAGAGUACUUUUGCAUGUUUAAUACCCCUAGUUUGUUCUGCUGAAUUAAAGACUAGAAACAUUAGGAGGUAGCUUGGUAAAUGUUAGUGACUGCUUCUCAGCUAUGAGGAAAACCCUUGCUUCUCAGUCAUCAUAAGGUUUAUCCAGUUCACAUACUCUGUUUUUAGAACAUCUUGUUAAGUCUUUUUAGGUCUCCUUUUAUUAUUCAUAUGAAUUUUAAAUGUUCACCAGAGACUACUGUAAUGAAUAACAAAGGAUAAUGUUAAUAUUAGAAAUGUUUUCCUUUUAAUUUACUUUUACCAUAAAUAAUACAGAAAAUUUAUCACUUAAACUACAGAUAACAAUUAUUUUUAAAGUAACACCAUAUUUUUUAGUUAUGUAUAUGAAAGUCUUAAACUUUUCCACUGUCUAUUGGGUUAAAAGAGGAAAAUGUCAGUGAUCCAUAGCUGUCAUGUGGUUACAAAUUGAUAACUCUUAUGCUAAAAAUAAAUUAUUUUAAAAAUGAGAAAUAGUAAAAAUCUACUGAAUUCAAUAUCUACAAUUGCAAAAGCAGCUAGUCUACCUAAUUUUACACAGAUGUUAUCUCUUAAUUCUACUGAGUGAAUCAGUUGAGUCUUGUUAAUAAAUUAUGUAUGCCAAUCGCCAGAGCAUACAGAUAUUCAGAUACAGAUUAGUUCUGGAAUUGAUCAUAAAAUACAUAGCAGAGGAAACAUUUUUACAUAAAGGGAGACUGAAGAGUGAGUACAGUGCUUGCUAUGCAAGCAUGAGGACCUGGGUCUCAGCACCCAGAAUUCACAUAAAGAUGAGCUCUCUAGCGUACAUGUUCUAAUCCACUGCUUCUGCAGAGAGCUAGACCUUAUAGACAGGCAAGAUCCCCAAAGUUCUUGAGCCAGCUAACCUGCUGUAGACAGCAGCAAACGAGAUCUUGUCUCAAAAAUGGUGGAAGGCAAGGAUCAACACACAAGGUGGUUCUCUGACAUGGACAGCCACCCUGUCACAUUUAGUCUCUCACUUACUUGUGAAUCUUUGCAGACUUUGCAGACUCGCACAUAC